CAGGUUGAGAGGACGGCGCCUCUCUCAGCCAACAUCGGAACAUCGCUACAAGCGUUGUAAAACCAAUCAUCACCAGAUAAUCUUUUUAAACUCUCUCUCAGUUCCCCCAUGACAAUGGGGGAGCGGCUGCGGCUAUGUCGGGUCAUGACGCUCCUGUGGCUGCUGCAGCGCUGUCCCGGCCGCCUGGCUAGCGCGCCUCCCGCGUUCUCUUGCCCUGCCGUUUGCAUCUGCCUCUCUGGCUCCCAGGUGCUGUGUGAUGGAGCUGGUCUGAAUUCAGUGCCGCGGGACACGCCGUCUCUGGUCGAGGAGCUCUCGUUCAGCCGCAACCAGCUGAGUAACCUCACCACUGACAUGUUCUCCAGCUGGCCUAAGCUCAGAGUUAUCACUUUAGAUGGCAACCAAAUACGAUAUCUGCAGCCCUUCGUAUUCAGGGGGCUGCCUAACGUCAACAAAAUUAGCGUGCAGCGUAACCCUCUUGCCGAGCUGCCGGCCUUCUCCUUCUCCAGCUUGGAGAACGUUUCUCAAAUAAACUUGAGGAACAAUCAGAUCCGCACCAUCCAUGCGAACGCAUUCUCAGGAUCUCGCAACAUUGGCAUGCUGUUGCUGCAGGACAAUCCUCUCAAGUCACUGAAAGCAAAGGCUUUCUCAGGGCUGAACACCGUCCAAUUCCUGUACCUGCCUUCCUGGAUCACCGAGCUGGAGGCAGACGUGUUCCAUGGGGUCAUGGGUGUAGGGCUGCUCAAGCUGCAGAGCCUCGACCUGAAGGCCUUCCAACCUUACACAUUCAGAGGCCUGAGCAACGUAACACAGAUCUCCAUCCAGGACUCGGACCUGGGCGUCCUGCGCAGCGACGCCUUCCAAGGCCUCAGGAAUGUCGGCGAGAUCCGCAUGCUCAACAAUAAGGUUGACUCCCUUGAGGGUCUGCGGGUCGGUGAGGAGCUGAACGUGGACGCGGUGGUGGUUCAGGGCAACCACUUCCUGCACAUUACGCGCCCCACGCCUCUGCUGCUGCAAGCUAACAACCGCAACGUCGUCACGGGUAACUUCUUCCCGUGCACAUGUCGGCUGGCAUGGUUGCUGGACACAGAUGUGGCCCGCUCCACACCACAGUUCCUGUCGCAAAACUUCUGCGUGUCUCCUUACGCGGUCCACGGCGCGCCCAUCGCGUCGGUGACUCAGGAACCCAUAAGCCCUUGCCUGUCGUCAGAGCGCGCGCCGCCUGUUGAAACGCACGUGGAGGAAGAGCGGGACCAGAUAUACGGCUCCCUGGACGUGUUCCAUCCAAAGCUACGAGAGGCAACAAGAAUUUUUUCUGGUGCAGGUGAAACGAAAUACUGUUCUCUCGUCUCAGUCCUGAGUGUUAUUGUAGCCCCUAUUUUCAUUCUGAACUAAGAUUGGACAAGUCCGCUCCGGAAAGCGAGAUGGAGCAACAAAAUGUGGUCUAUCGUCGUUUUCUUUGGAAUGUGAAACGAUUUUCUGCUAAGAAUACUCAUUGAUUGUACUUGUUGGAGAUUUUGUAGCAUCUAAGUUAGCAAUAGUUGAACCCGGCACACAUUCUUAGAAAUGGGCUUCCUUUAACUGCCCCGAACAUUUUCUCUGUGCUAUUGUCACUCGCUAACGUGAUUCGAUUCGAAUUAACGUUCAAUUAAAUA